AUGAAGUGCUUAAAGUUAUUCGGACUUUUGCUACCAGCUAUUGCUGCUGCCAUUUACUAUAUUCAAGUAAACCUAACUUCCUUUUACAGAUUCGAUCCCGCCAAACUACAAGAGCUGUCUCAACAGUCCAUUGAGCUCUAUGGAAAUGAUACUCGUGGAUUAUUGUACGACUUAAACAAGCGUUUAAUUGCUGAGUAUGGUGAUUUAAUCUUCCCUAUGAACGACGACGAGUGGGUCCAAAACAACGCUGGUGGUGCUAUGGGUAAUAUGUUUAUCCUUCACGCUUCUUUCACUGAGUACCUCAUUUUCUUUGGUACUCCCAUUGGAACUGAGGGUCACAGCGGUUUACACAUGGCUGAUGAUUACUUUACAAUCUUGAUCGGCCGUCAGCUUGCUGCUUCUGCUAACGACUUGGAAGCUCGUGAAUACCGUCCGGGUGAUCAACAUUACCACAAGUGGGGACAAAGCGCUCAAUACAGUAUGCCCUCUGGUAAACCCUGCUUUGCUCUUGAGUUGGCCCAGGGCUGGAUUCCCAGUAUGCUUCCUUUUGGGUUUAUUGCUACCUUCUUUUCGACACUUGAUUUCCCUACUCUCUACAAAACCGUUUACUUUACUGUCAUUCGUAUGAUCAAGAGCUUCCUUCUUAGUAAGUUCUAA